AUGGACGUCUCGGCGGAUCACCACACACAGGCCGGAGGCGAGGAGGAGCACAAGGCCUCCCGCAAUGGGACCGUCCGCCCUGCCAGUGCUACGGAUAAAAAUACCGGGGAGAGGGCCAAAGAAUCGGCCCCCACAUCUCCGCGGUCCUCGGUAUCACCCACCCCGGCCCCAGUUGCAUCAGCAAAUGAGGACAGCGACCCCGCAGUGAAGAAGCCUGCUCCCAGUGGCGGCGCCAAUAAGGCUAAAUCCACGCACGUUGCCGGCAACAGUGCAGCUGCGGCAGCGGCUGCCACCAAGGCCAGCAGUUCAGCUCCAAAGCUCAAAAUGAAAACCUCUGAGAAACCAGAUGCGUCUCUCCAGCAAAAGUACAAAAACCUCAAGCACAAAAUGAAAUGUCUCGUCUAUGCGCAGGAGGGCCUGCUUCGCGACCUACAGGUUGCUCGCAUGCAGCUUUCGCGCGUGAUGAAGGAAAAGAGCUUUCUCUUGGACCGGCUUCUCGAAUAUGAGAACAUCUCAAGCUCAGACGGCGAUACCUCCGAUUCAGACGGACCCUUCAGUGGACCUUCGGCAAGCGGGCCACCAGCCAAGCGGAAGAAAACAGUGCCUGGCGAGGCCAAGCCAGCACCCAAGGUCAAGGCAGAGUUACCCAAGCGCAAGGAAAGCGUCAGCAGUGCCAAGCCCGCGCCCAAACCUGCCAAGAGCAAGGCUGACAGGGAUACUUCCGCUGGUGGACGUACCAUCUCUGCGGUCAGCGACCUUUCUGCUCCCAACAAGUCAAAGGAAAGCAGUAAAACUUCCGACGCCACAAAGACAAAAAAAAGUUUUGUCAACAAAGUACAAGGUCAGUCCGCUCAGGCACCAGUCACGCCAGCAGUUUCAGCCACCCCUACCGAGCGUGUUGCCAAAGAGGACCAACCACCUGUUUCCGCCGUAUCCACCCAUUCGUCAGACCAAAGUGAUCCCAUGGACAUUCAUGGUGACAAUGAACCGGCGUCCAAAUCCUCUGAUGAACCUGCCACGCACGGCAGCAAGAGCAACACCAAGUCGCGGAAAGCCUAUGAUUCAGACUCUGAUUCGGAUGACGAGGACACGCAGGCCGUGCUAGCUAGCCGCAAGCGCCUUCAUGACUCUACCCAAGAUGAUGACGAUGAAGAGGACCCAGACGAAAACGAGGACGAUCAUGGCAACGCCGACGAUGACGACGACGACGAUGAAAACGGCGAUGAUGAUGAGGAGGACGACGACGAUGAUGGUGAUGAUGAUGAGGACGAUGAUGACGAUGAUGGGGACGAAGGUGACGACAAUGGGGGCGAAGACGAUAACUCUGGGUCUGAGUCAGACGAAGAUGAAGAGGGGGAUGAUGCGUCAGAAUCAGGCAAGCCCAAGCAGAACGACGCCGAGACCAGUCCAGCCAGCAGCCAACCCACCUCUCCCGCCGCUCGGGCAUAA